GAAGAACGGAAGCCACUUUCAGAAAUAGCAACGAGGAAACCGUGCAUAAAACACCUCUCUACCAGUGACUAAAGCACCGUCGCCGCCACCGCACGCUUCGGAUGGCUGCACAGGAAACACAUUCAGGUCACUCUGAGCCAAAGGCUGCUUCAAUCGCUACCAGUGCGCAGGCGCAAAGCGCGACGCGCCUGCUCAGCAGUGCCUCGGUAGCUAUUCUUUGCCUCGCCAAGAUGAGGACCGCUUAGCUCCCUGAGGGAGAGAAACGGAGGCGGAGGCGAGAUGGAGCCCCGGGCCUGGCCGGGUCCACAAACAGACGGACGGGGCGGCGGCGGGCCUUGAGGCUGAAGCGGGAGGCGCAGCCAUCGCGGCUCUCUAGGACAUGGCCACCGAGCCGCCUCGCUGUGUCGAGAACCGGGAGGCCGAGCGGUUAGACGGACUUCCCGGCUCGGCGCCGGCGGGCGCAGCGACAGCGAACGGGGAAGAGGUUAAAGCGACGGUCCGGCUCCUCGACGGCUGCGUGCCGCUUUCUCACCAAGUGGCCGGGCACAUGUUUGGCAAGGAUAAGGGCGGCAUAUUGCAGCAUCCAGAUGGCACUGUCCUCAAACAAUUGCAGCCACCUCCUCGAGGACCCAGAGAACUAGACUUCUACAAUAAGGUAUUUGCUGAUGGAUGUGAAGACUCUGUGUUUCUUGAACUACAAAAAUAUUUGCCAAAAUAUUAUGGAACCUGGUCAUUGCCUACUGCACCUAAUGAUUUGUACCUGAAACUGGAAGAUGUGACACACAGAUUUAAGAAACCAUGCAUAAUGGAUGUAAAAAUAGGCCAGAAAAGCUAUGAUCCAUAUGCUUCAGAAGAGAAGAUAAAGCAACAAAUCAGCAAAUACCCACUAAUGGAAGAGAUUGGGUUUUUGGUGCUUGGCAUGAGGGUUUAUCAUGUCCCUACUGGUAGCUAUGAGACACAGAACCAGCAUUAUGGAAGAGGAUUAACAAAAGAAACGAUAAAAGAUGGUGUGGCUCAGUUUUUCUAUAAUGGAUUCACUCUGAGAAAAGACGCUGUAGCUGUUAGUAUUCAAAAGAUUAAAGAAAUCUUGCACUGGUUUGAGAGCCAGAAGCAACUUAACUUUUAUGCAAGUUCUUUACUAUUUGUCUAUGACGGUUGGUCUCCGUGGUUAAAUGAUGGCUGUUUGGUUGAGAAGAACAAAGUAGCCAAGGACCAAGUGCCAAGUGAUAGUACAGAUAAUACAUUGGAAUGCAACAACAAUAUUCAUAUCAUCAAUGCCUCAGAAACGGGGAAGGUAGAGACUUCAGAUGGCAAAGAUUUUUCUAAAACAUAUACUUUUCACAACAGGCACCAGAAUCAGUUUUUGUUAAGAGACCAUCUAUGGAAGAGCAGUUCUUCCUUUUCACAAAAACAUUUGAAUGGAAAUGUUAUACCUCAGCUUGAAAAAGUUUUCAGCCAAAUGCCCAUGUCUCUUCCAGGAAAUGAAGAAGUUGAAGUCCGGAUGAUAGAUUUUGCUCAUGUAUUCCCUAGUGCUAUGCGAGAUGAAGGUUACAUUUAUGGGCUGAAAAACUUAAUUACUGUCCUUCAGAAUAUUUUAGAUAACUAAAUUUUUGCAGUGAUUUUUACUGAGGGCCAAAUAUAAUGAAAAGCAACAACAUUUCUGCACUUGUGAUCCUUAGUUUAUAUUCUACAUUUUCUUGUCUUUAUACUUUUGGUAGAAUUACCAGGUAUUUUAUAACGUUACUCAGGAAAAUUAUUCUGUAAUUAGUAAAAGAAAAAGCUAAUGAGAUUUAACUGGUAGUUAUAGGAAUCUACAGUUAACAAACAAAGCCUAUCUGAUAUUGGAUAUAUCUUGCAUUGGUUGAAAUGACUUGAGUUAUUUUACAUACUUACGUAUUUUAAUUGAAAACCUGUCAUGCAGCCAUAAUGUUGAGCCAUAUCUCUCCUGGAAUACUAGAAAUCAUUAGAGAAUACUAAAAUUAAAAUUUAACAGACUAUUCAGGAUGAGGGGGCAUCCAUUAAAUUGAAAUUUAUAUCGCUUUUGUGAAUUUACAUUGUUUGCAUAACUACAUAAUAGACAAAUAAUAUCAUUUGCAGUAAAAUAAUGUAGCAGAGAAAUCUUUCAUUUGACAGAAAAACUUGCAUUGAAGUCUGAGCAAAAUGUUAGACCAUUAUAUCAAAAGACCACCAAACUGGGGUCCAUUAAAUUAAAAGUUUACUGUAUUAUUCUUGAAUAUUUGAUAUAUUUUUAAAACUGGAGCUAAUAAUAUUUUUAAGGAGUACAUAUUUAAAAACUAUUCUAGUGUAACUGAUUUUUUUUUAGUGAAAGAUAAUCAUGUUCUGCAUUAUUAAACUUGGGUAGAAGUGUUAAUCUUUUCAUGGCCAAAUAUUCGUAAUAUGUAACAUUCCCCUCUAAAUUUAUGAAAUAGAAAUGAGCCAUCUAAAGAGAAGCUUGCGUUUUGGAGGUUCUAUUAGAAAAUGAAUAAUAAAAUAGUUAAUCAAAAAUAGUUUUAGUUAUUGCAAAGGGGGUGCAGAGUGUAGUCUAAUGUCUGAAGCUACUUUUUAAAUAACUUCUUAGUAUGAACAAAUGGUAUUCAUUAUACAGGUUUGGAUUUGCAAAUGGAAGAUUGGAUUUGCUUUGUAGAAGAAAGAGGAAUAUUGUAAAAAGCUCCUUUGGAGGAAAGGAUAAUAGAACAGUGAUUUUCAUUUAACCCUUUCCCCUAUUUCAUUCCUAAACAGUGUGGAAAGUGAUGCUGGGAAUUGUAUAGAAAAGGAGGAAUUCAUAACAAUUGUCCUUACAUUCAUUUCCUUCAGUUCAAUAGAACUUUGUGCUGAUAUGAAUUCAAUUUUUAAACUGGUGGAUAGUUGACAUUAAAUAGCAGUAGUUUAAAUUUUACAUUUAUAUUUUAUAUUCCAAAUGUGUUAUAUAAAUCUCUAUUAAGUAGUUUUGUUGUAGGUUAUAAAGAAAGCCUUAAUAUCAGAUAUUCAAAGGUAAUAUUAAUUUAAGAGUGAAAUCAAGAAUUCGGUCUUCUGUCAGUAAUUUAAGCCAUAUUGUUGAAAAAUAAUUGCUAUGCAGAAUUGUGCGAAUCAGUUUUCUUGAUCAUUGGUAGCUUAUUCUACUGUAGUUUCUCAUUAACUGUUAUCAGUUAAUUUGGCUAUAUCUGUAUAUUUGCUGCAGCCUGGGAAUGUUUCCAUUGUAGGCCAGUUAAGAACAUAUAAUUCUACAUCUUUCAGGCAAUAACCUCUGUGCUUCAUAGUAUUUGUAGUGUAAUUAUUUUUUUGCUAAUAGUUUAAGGUUCUGGAAUAGUAAGUACUGACAUCAAAUUUUCAAGUUUUGUAAUUGAGUCAUAAAUAUAGUUAAUGUAAAUUAUUCUUUUUGGAAAGUAAACUGCUUUAAAUUGGAAACUAGGGAGAAUUGGUUACAGUUGCCCAAGUAACCCUUCAUUUUUUUAUCUAAUGAAAAGCAUAUUCCAGUUACUUUUAUUGUCUACCAGUUUUUAAACAGUUGUGAAAUAAACAUUUUGCAAUUUUCAUAUGUGAACAAAUCUCAUAUACAUAUACAUAUACAUAUAUACAUAUAUAAACAUACACACACACACACACACACACACACACACACACACACACACAUCCAUCCAUCCUUUGGAUAUAUAAGUGUAGAACUGAUCUUUAUAUUUCAUUUUCUAUUCUAAUCCUUCAGCUUAUUCUGUAUGUUACAACUCUGUGUAUAGAGGAUACAGAUGGAAUAAUUUAUAGUCAUGUUAUGGAGGAAUUGUCUCAGUUUUACCCAUUUAACUGCUUGCUUCUAAUUGAAAUGAAUUUGAGAGCCUGCAUGUUAAGAGUCUGUAAAAUAGCAAUUAUUUUGAGCUUCAGAUUUAAGUCUGUAGUUAGAACAAGGAGUAUUUUAGUAUCUGAUCUAAAGUGUGUUCAAAUUAAGUUACAUUUCUUUGGAAGGAAGAUUUCUAAACUCCUUAGGAAUAGAUAUAAAUAACAACUAAUGACAACUACUUUGUAGCUGUCCCAAACACCACUGAUAUUGACAAGCUUAUCCUUACCACUAAUGCAGAAUCUUAAAUAUUGCUUCCAAUGAGAUUAAGAAGAUGCUCCCUUAAAAUAUAUUAUAUGAAAAAUUAUGUACAAACUAAUAUAAGAAUUUAAAUUCUAUAAUUUUUUUAUAGCCGAACAGUUUCAUUCUUGGUAUUUUGGAUAUUUUGCUUCUUGUUGCAUAGAUCUAUUUAAAACUAUGGUGUUAUGAAAUGUUAAAACUAUUUUAUCUUACUAAUUUUGCAGAAUUAUGCAGUUGUGUAUAAUCAUGUUUCAUAUGAAGGGCAUAUAUUGAGAUGGGAGUUAUUUUUGUUGUACAGGAAAAUGGAAAUUUCUGCUUAUGUUAGAUACCAUUCCAUAAUAGAUUGUUACAUUUUAGGAAGGGACUAUUUUCUGUUAAUGUGCACCUAAUACAAAACUUGAUAGAUUAUAUCCUUGACGUAUCUGAAAAUAAAUCCCCUGAAAUUCGCAGAAGUCAUUAUAAUGUUAAGCCCCCAUCUGAAAUAGUAGAUUUAAAGUUUAUAUAAAAAUAUGUGAUCUUUAUCAAAGUGGAAAGAACUGCCCAAGUUUUGAGAGAAAAAAACCCCACAUCAGAUGUACUAGUUUAGAAAGCGAAAAGGGCACAACCACUUCCAUGUAAACCAUUUUCAAAUGGUUUAUAUUACUCUUUUAAAAGACUGCAGCUUGUAUAAAUAGUCAUUCCUUUUUAUCCAAAUUAUUUUUAAAUUAACAUUAUUUGCAAUAACAUCCUCUACUGAGUGCCUUCUGCUUCAUGUUUGAUACCAUUUAAAUGACAUUAUACAACAUCCAGGGUGACAGAAUGGAAUGCUUUAAUUGAAAGCUUGAACAUAGUAAUACCCCACGAUAGUUCAAGAACACUGUUGUAAUAUUUUAUGUUCAUCUUAAAACCAUUUUUUGCUGGUAAAAGUUCUAUUUCUUCGAUUAUGAAUUGUGUUUACAAAUCCACAAAUUAACCACAUAUUCAGGAACUAAAGCUCUUUGUCCUGCCAGAUGUAGGGCUCAGGGGAUGUUGUGUGGGUCUCUGUUUACAGUACCAGUGGAGGCAAUGAGAUCUAUAGCCGGAGCAAUUUGGGAGUGGCACAUUUGACAGAAGGGAAAUUGGGAUGUAGACUGACAUAGUUCCCUAUCUUUUCUUCCCUGGAUCUCCCUCAUAUCUGACCAGGAUACUUAAAAACUAGAAACUUAAUAUGCAGUCACAUGGAACCCUAUGGCUUGUUGAUGCUCAAUUAGAAUUAGUUGAUUAUAAUUUUUGGUUAGAGGGAUUUCCAUCUUUCUGACUAUGAAUAGGCCUUUAGAUUUAUGAAAAUGAGCUGAAUAUGAGCCUCCACAUCAUACCUGGUAAACAGUUUGAACAAGACAAGUUUGACUUGUAGAUUAAAGUAAGCAAGAUUGUUUUGUAAUUCACACUGAAUUGAAUACAGUUUUUUUUCCUUAAAGUGGAAUUCUUGCAAAUCAUCUCCCUUGAAAAGCUUUAUAUCAUUUCCCCCCCUUUUUUCUGUAUUAAUAUUUCUUACUGGUGAAUCAUUGCAUUUAGGUGUAGAAUGAUGGGCCAUUCAACUGUGAAAUGUUACUCCAUGACAUAUCUACAAGCUACAUACUGCACACUUAUAAUUGUGAAUUAUGGUUCACUGAAGAGUUUAUGCACAUUUAAAACUUCCAUACUAUGAAUAGUCAUAUUAAUCUUGCCUCUUUUUUAACAUAAAUUAAUUUAUUUGUCCUUAGUUUUGUAGGAAUGGCUUCUUUGUAUUUAAAAUUGUUCAUUAUGUUAGAUCUUAUAUAUAAAUUAGCAACAGGAAAAGGAAAACAACAGUGAUAUUGGGAACAAAUAUAUUUUUACACAUUGUCAAAGUGGUAUGCUUUCACAACAUAACAUUGGCACUGGAUAGAAAAUCUCAACUGGCUGAACUGACAUUGAAUUAAAACAUCCAAAUAUGAUGAUAUUGCACAUCUUACCAUGAAUGAUAUAAGUGACAUAAGCACUUUAAUAUUGUGGGAACUGUACUGAAAAAUACAUGGAAACAUGAAAUUGCACCUAUAGCUACUGUGUAUUAAUUUGCAGUUUGUGAUGGAUAGGUGAAAGGGAGAAUUUUACUACUUUAAGUGUAUUGUAUCUGAAUGAAUGUACUUAGUUUGAUCUCAUUUAUUUCUUAUUCAAGAACAAUGGAUUGUGUUGUGCAGUAUUCUUUAAUGGGUUUAUUUGUAUUAUAAAUGAUAAUUUAGGCAGGGGGCACUUACAGACGUGCAGAGAUUUGUUGGUUAUUUUAUCAUUUUAAAAACCCUAUUAUGCUAUAUAUAAAGCAAUCAUUUUGUAAUUUAUGUGAUAUUUAGAUAAUUCUUAUAGCUGUAUAUUUGGCUGACUAUUAAAAUUUCUUUAAUUUAUCUUGA